AUGGCUCUCGUAUCGUACUCGGAUUCUGAAGCUUCAGACUCAGAGCAAGAGACCAAUGUCACUCAACCACCAAACAAAAGUCAAGCUCCCCCGCCUGCGAAUCCACCCAAGCCCUCCUCCGGCGCAAACUUCUCAUCCAUCGUCGACCGCAGUAACCCCCGCAAGAUUCGCGUUGCUCUACCGGAGAUCAAACCCGAGAACCCUACCGCAGAUGGCGAUCGGACAGGCGAAGAUGGGCCGGCUCGGAAAAGAGCCAGGAUAGGCGGAGGCGGGGCAUUUUCGGGGUUUAAUUCCCUUUUACCGGCUCCGAAGAGGACCAACGUCACGGCGGAGAAGGAUAGGAAGACGGCUGCGCCAGCCCGGAAGGUCUUCAGCUUGAAGACGGGCGCGACUCCGGGUUUCGACCGCGAGGCUGAUGCGGAGUUUCGGAGGGAACAGGUGUUCGAUAGCUUGGCGGGCGAUGGCGAUGAUGAGACGAUACCCAAGCCGGGGAGUCUCCGGAGUGAACAGCCUGACGACAAGCAGGCCGCGACGGUUCAGGUAGACGGAGAGAAGAAAGAGGAGGUCAAGUUGAAGGGUAACCCGAUGAUGUUCAAGCCGUUGUCCGUGGGGCGAGCGUCGCAGAAGAAAAAGAAGCAACCGGCAAAGCCUGUCUCGUCGUCUCCUUUGCCAAAUGCGAACGAAACCACGGCUCUGCAAUCCUCGCAAGCGUCCAAUGAGCAACCGGUUGCACAGCCAACGCCGCCCGUCGCUCAAAAACCAAAAAUCAGCCUGUUCUCCCUGGCCAGAGAGGAAACUACAACGUCGAAUGUGCCCGAACCCCACGCAGAAGGCGCUGCUUACGAGCCAUUGGUGUAUACCACCGACCUAGAAGCCACCCCGGCUGGCCCACAGCCCGAGCCUGGGACCGCGACGGCCCCCUUACAGCCGACGGCGGAUCAAACAUUGGACAACAUCGCAGACGAUCUCAAUUUGUCCCGGGCCCAACGGCGACAGCUCUUUGGACGCAAUACCGACCCUUCCAAAUCUCGAAUUCUGCACUUCAAUACAGACAGGGAAUACAUUGCCAACCAGGAGUUGGCCCACCAGACAGACCUUGCUGCUGCUCAGCACAAUCCUGUUCGGGCCAUUGCCCCGGGCAAACACACUCUGCGGCAGCUGGUUAAUGCGGCGAGCACCCAACGGGAGGCUUUGGAGGAGAGUUUUGCCACUGGACGAAGGAACAAAAAGGAGGCUGGGUCCAAGUAUGGAUGGUGA